AUGGGGGCGGCGCGGGGCAUCGGCACCUUCGUGGUGUGGGACUACGUGGUGUUCGCCGCGAUGCUGCUCAUCUCGGCCGUCAUCGGCAUCUACUACGCCUUCGCGGGGGGCGGCCAGAAGACCUCCAAGGACUUCCUGAUGGGCGGCCGCAGCAUGACGGCCGUGCCCGUGGCGCUGUCGCUCACCGCCAGCUUCAUGUCGGCUGUCACCGUCCUGGGCACCCCCUCCGAGGUCUACCGCUUUGGGGCCAUCUUCACCAUGUUCGCCUUCACCUACUUCUUCGUGGUGGUCAUCAGCGCCGAGGUCUUCCUUCCCGUCUUCUACAAACUGGGGAUCACCAGCACCUACGAGUACUUAGAACUUCGAUUCAACAAAUUUGUUCGUCUCUGCGGAACUAUUCUCUUCAUUGUGCAAACAAUUCUGUAUACUGGAAUUGUUAUUUAUGCCCCUGCCCUGGCUUUGAAUCAAGUCACCGGGUUUGAUCUAUGGGGUGCAGUAGUGGCAACAGGUGUAGUCUGCACCUUCUACUGUACAAUGGGUGGCCUUAAAGCAGUCAUCUGGACAGACGUUUUCCAAGUUGGGAUCAUGGUGGCUGGAUUUGCGUCUGUGCUGAUACAGGCUUCCAUUGUGCAAGGCGGCAUGAGCACGAUCCUGAAUGAUUGCGACCGCGGUGGGAGGUUAAACUUCUGGAAUUUUGAUCCAAACCCUUUGCAGAGACACACGUUCUGGACAAUUAUUAUAGGAGGGACCUUCACGUGGACCAGCAUCUAUGGUGUCAACCAAUCCCAGGUGCAGAGAUAUAUUUCCUGCAAAAAUAGAUUCCAGGCAAAAAUGUCUCUGUACAUCAACCUCGUGGGGCUCUGGGCCAUCCUCAUCUGCUCAGUGUUUUGUGGGCUCGCCCUGUAUUCCCGGUACCAUGACUGUGAUCCUUGGACAGCUAAGAAAGUGUCUGCACCAGACCAGCUCAUGCCUUACUUGGUUCUGGACAUCCUUCAAGAUUACCCAGGACUUCCUGGACUCUUUGUGGCCUGCGCUUACAGUGGAACACUAAGCACAGUGUCCUCCAGUAUAAAUGCCUUAGCAGCAGUCACUGUGGAAGAUCUCAUCAAACCUCGCUUCAGAUCCCUCUCAGAAAAGUCUCUGUCUUGGAUUUCCCAAGGAACAAGUGUGCUCUACGGAGCCCUGUGCAUUGGAAUGGCUGCUCUGGCCUCACUCAUGGGAGCUCUGUUACAGGCAGCACUCAGCAUCUUUGGCAUGGUAGGCGGACCACUUCUGGGAUUGUUUUCUCUGGGCAUUUUGGUUCCUGUUGCCAACUCAGUUGGAGCCCUUGUUGGUCUGAUGGCUGGCUUUGCCAUUUCUUUGUGGGUUGGGAUUGGAGCUCAACUCUAUCCACCGCUUCCAGAGAGAACUUUGCCAUUAAGCCUGGAAACCUAUGGCUGUAACAUCACCCACAAUGCGACGGAUUUGUUGACAACCACAGAGAUGCCUUUUUCUACGAGUGCUUUCCAAGUACACAACCCUGUAAGGACUCCACUGAUGGAUAACUGGUAUUCCUUAUCAUAUCUCUACUUCAGUACCCUUGGGACUUUGGUAACCAUACUCGUGGGGACCAUUAUUAGUUUAAUAACAGGAGGAAGAAAACAAAACAUAGACUCCAGAUUCCUGCUAACCAAAGAGGACUUUUUGUCUAAUUUUAAUAUUUUUAAGAAAAAGCAUGUCUUAAACUAUAAAUCUCAUCCUGUGGGAGAUGGUGGAACUGAUAAUCCUGCCUUCAACCACAUUGAAUUGAACGUCACGGACCAAAGCAGCAAGAUCAAGGGGACCCGUUUGUGAACGCGCCAAAAGGAGACCGCUGAAACCGUGCCUCUGCUUUCCAGGGUUGCCGGGAUCAUUGGAUCCAGUUUAGCUUGUCAUCUUAACUCUCUCAUAAGUGAUCUGGGGGAACUCGGGGGAGAGGGCAUUGCAUUUUUUCUUAAAGUCCAGCCUUGUUGCCGUGACUCCGCUCAUUCGUGGAGACAACGUGCAUGAAGAGAGCACCAGCGCUUCCCUCUCUUUCUCUUUGACUCGGAUUUUCACGGACACCGCAAUGCGGCCUCUUUCAGACCCUCGCUCUGUCUACAUUCUUAAAUUCUGUUUUGCUUUGCACUUUUUCUUUUUUUUUAAUUUAAACAUUUAUUAUAAUGUAUUUUUAAAAAUCAUCU